AACUAAAAAAGAAAAAAUUACCACCCAUUCAUCCGGGAGAAAUUUUGCGAGAAAGAUUAUUAGUCCCGCAUGAUAUCAGUCCCCAAGAACUAGCUACUGCCUUAAAAAUCCCAAAGGAACAAGUAAAAUGG